AUGUCAGAUGUAGAAGAGGAAUACGAGGAGCAGGCAGAGGAGGCUGAAGAGGAGCAGGAGGCCGAUCCCGAGGAGGAGGAGGAGGAAACUGAGCAGGUGGAGGAGGAUGGAGAAGAGCAGCAAGAGUACCAAGAGGAGGAGCGGCCCAAACCCAAGCCUAUGGUGCCUCAACUUGCCCCUCCAAAGAUUCCUGAGGGAGAGAGGGUGGAUUUUGAUGACAUCCACAGAAAGCGUAUGGAGAAGGACUUACUGGAGCUGCAUACUCUGAUUGAUGUCCACUUUGAGCAGAGGAAGAAGGAUGAGGAAGAACUCAUCGGCCUCAAGGACCGAAUUGAGCGCCGUCGGUCAGAGAGAGCAGAGAUCCAAAGGGUCAGAGCAGAGAAGGAGAAGGACAGACAGAACAGGAUUGCGGAGGAGCGUCACAGAAAAGAGGAAGAGGAGGCCAAAAGGAAGGCUGAUGAUGAGGCCAAGAAGAAGAAAGUGCUGUCAGGCAUGGGAGCAAACUUUGGAGGUUUCUUGGCCAAGGCUGAGUCGAGGAAGGGCAAGCGUCUGACAGGCAGAGAGAUCAAGAAGAAGACUCUGGCUGACAGACGGCAGCCACUAGCCACCGAAAAUAUGAGGGAGGAUGCGCUCAAGCAACGGGCCCAGGAGAUGUGGAACUGGAUCUACCAGUUGGAGUCUGAGAAGUUUGAUUUCAUGGAGCACAUGAAACACCAGAAAUAUGAGAUCAUUGUGCUGCUUAACAGAAUCCAACAUGCUCAGAAAUUUAAAAAGGUCCACGGCAAAGGGAAGGUGGGUGGUCGCUGGAAGUAAAGGUGGAA